GCUACAGCGCUUGUCGGGCCAAAAAAUCACCGUUGUCAGCGCCGGUCAACGCCCCCCUUGACAUCUUCCUUGAUCACCAUUCUGUGGCAACGCUGUAUUAUACUGUCCCGCCCGAGCGAAAACUUGAUAUUUCCACCGAGGGAUGCAAGACAGCACGACGAGGAUCGAGGCCCGACCAACAUACUCCUGAGCCACCAAUCUCAGAGGAACAAACAAAGCCGCUGGGGGGAGUCUCCUUCUGGUGGUCCUGGCUCGUUCUGGCAUCUCAUUAUCGUCGUCCUUGCCUUCGGUCCCUCUACCUUGAGGCUCCCUGCCUUGCUCAUCAUGAGCUUCGCGGGUCCAGCUCGUUGUAGCCGACAAAGCUUGAAGAAGCUUACUCUCGCUGUCUCUCGCUUUGCCCAACCUCGAAGUCGAGUCGCUCAACGGCAUAUCAAUAACUCUCCAUGUCGAAGUUAUGCGUCAAUAUCAGCCGCCGAUAUGCAGUUCGGCCAACCGGUCCAUGAGACGCACCCUCAUAUUCUAAAACCCAGUGAAAUCACCCCCGGUAUCACCGCCCAGGAAUACUGGGACCGUCGAGCGAGCCUUGCCCAUCGCCUACCCGAAGGUGCCGUUGCCGUCCUCACGGCCGCUGACGUCAAGUACCGCUCGGGAGCCGUCUUCCACGCCUUUCGCCAAGAAAGCAACUUCCUGUAUCUCACCGGUUGGAACGAGCCCGAAUCUGUGGCCGUCAUCCGCAACACGGGCAAGGAAUGGUGUGACUUUGCAUUUCAUCUUUUCUGUCAGCCGAAGGACCCGGCCGUCGAGCAAUGGAACGGGCCGCGCAACGGCGUUCAGGCCGCCAUUGAUAUCUUCAACGCCGACCACGCCGCCGAUAUCAAUCGCAUCGACAUCAUUCUACCCGAUCUACUCAAGGGAGCCUCCCAGGUCUUUGCCGACAUGGGUGAGCCGGGCCGUGCUGGUUCGGAAAGCAGCACUUGGUCUCGCCUCCGCCGGUCCGGCACCUCCCCCGGGUGGCCUUCGGCCAUCUCCGCCCUCUACCCGCACAUGAACGCCCUGCGGGCCAUCAAAUCACCCGCCGAGAUAGCGAACAUGCGAAAAGCGGGCCAGAUCUCCGGCCGUGUCAUUACGGACGCUAUGCGCCGCCCCUGGACCAGCGAAAAGGACCUCCACGCCUUCCUGGACUACCGCUUCACCGUCGGCGGCUGCGACGGGCCCGCCUACAUCCCCGUCGUCGGCGGCGGGCGCAACGGCCUCUGCAUCCACUAUGUAUUGAACAACGCCCCCCUCCACCCCGGCGAAACGGUCCUCAUCGACGCCGGAGGCGAGUACGGUACCUACGUGACUGACAUCUCUCGCGCCUGGCCCCUGGACGGUCGUUUCACCCCCGCCCAGCGCGACCUUUACGAAGCCGUCCUCCGGGUCCAGCGCGACUCGGUCGCCCUCUGCCGCGCCAACGCCAACCUCUCCCUGGAUGACAUCCACGGACGCACCGCCGCCAGCCUCCUGCAAGAGCUCCGCGACCUCGGCUUCGACGGCCUGACGCAGCGCGACCUCGACCGCCUCUUCCCCCACCACGUCGGCCACUACAUCGGGCUCGACAUUCACGAUGUCCCUGGCUAUGGACGCCGAGUCCCGCUCCAGUCGGGCCACUGCGUCACCAUCGAGCCGGGCAUCUACGUCCCCGACGAGGAUAGGUGGCCGAAGCACUUCCGCGGCAUGGCGGUCCGCAUUGAGGACAGCAUCUGCGUAGACGAGACGUCGCCUCUCAUUUUGACGACCGAGGCGGUCAAGGAGGUGGCCGAUAUCGAAGCCUUGCGUGACUAAAAGAAGAAGGAGCAAAAGGAGACAUAUCAAAGGAAGCGAAAAAGUGGCCAGUUUAUCCCCUUGGCCGUGUAAGAUGUAUUAGAGACACUUGUACAAUACAAUACCUUGUAUUCUUUAUCGGCAACACUACUUCGCCAGUAGGA